ACCAGCCACGGAGAGGGACGGAGACUGACGCAGAGAGACAGACAGACAGACAGACAGACAACAAAGAGAAUUUAAGACUAGCUGGAUUUUGAAAGCUGGCGGAAGAAGCAGCGCCACCUUCAGUAUGCAGGCGCCCUUCCUUCUCACCUUCACUGUCCUCCUGGCGGGAUGCUCGGCGGGCGUCCCUGGCUCCCCCUCAGCCCCUCAGACAGAGGCCCCGAGCCCUGGGAGCGAGGACCUGAGGGACACAGUGGCGUCACUCCUGCGGGGAAUGUCUGACGAUGGAAGUGUGAUGGCCAGGCUAAGGUCAAGUCUCCUGCCGGCAGUCAUAAGGAAGCUCCCUGAUCCUAAAGGCGUGGCGGCGUCCUUGGGUCUUCACGAGGACUUCCUCAAGCCAGUGCGUAGGAUUCUGGAGGGGAUGAAGGACCUACAGGAGUCGCCGAAGGAGGACGAUGAGGCGUCCCAGAAUGCAAUUGAUGCCGGCGUUAAUGAUAAGUUCCUGGGCGUGGUGCGGGACGCCCUGCGGGAGGAGCUGGGCGGCCUGCAGGUGCUGUCCAGCCUGGGGAGCAGCGCUGGACAGGAGAGCGCGGUGGGGCUUCCUGAGGCGCUGAACCAGACGUCCGCCAGCGUGUGGAUGCUGAUCAAGACCACGUGGGCGCGCGUGCUGUCCUACGUGAAAGAGGAGCACGCCCUGGAGUCCUUCCUGCAGCUGACGCCCGUCAGGAUCCUGGACCGUGCCAUCAGCCUCGGGGACGACCUCAGCCUCAUGUCCUUCCUGGCCAAGAAGCUGGACAAGGACUUCGCCGAGCACAUCUCCCGCACCGUCACGCCGCACCUCGGCCCGCUCAGCGAUAUCGACUCCCUGUACAACUUCACGCGGCAGCAGGGCGCGGGCGGCCUUCUGGACUAUCUCAGCUCGCCACGCCUCCGCAGCACCGUGGCAGCCAUGGCGCGCUUCGUCAACGCCUACUUCGACGACUCCUUCGACGACCGUGUGGCGGACGACUACAUCUCCUUCAUCUCCUUCAACAACCCUGAGCUGCGGGAGUUCUACCGGUCACUGCUGCAGGGCGGCGGAGAGCAGGCCGGCAGGGAGAAGAGGGACGAGUUCAACAGACGCACCGCGGCUUACAAGUUCAACGGCUACGACUUUCAGGCAGACCCCGCCGCGGAGACCAGCCGCCAGCUGCACCGCGACGGUGGCGGACACAGCGGCGGGUACGACGGUGGCGGCCACAGCGACGGAUACGGCGGUGGCGGCCACAGUGGCGGGUAUGGCGGAGGCGACAGUUAUGGUGGCGGCCACAGCGGCGGCUAUGGUGGUGGCGGCUACGGCAGCAGUCACGGCGGCAGCGGGUAUGGCGGCGGCGGCGGCUAUGGCGGCCACAGCUCUAUGAUGAUUCCCGCCGUGGUGCUGAGCUCCGUGGCCCUGGGCGCGCUGCUGGGCUUCCUGCUCUUCAGGCUCAUCAGGGGCACGGCGCGAGGCAGGCGGGACAUCGGGGAUGGCUCACUUUCUCUCUGGCAGUCAGACCAGCCCUUCGGCGGCGGCGACGCUGCCCGAGCCGUGCGUGCAAUGCGGUCAGCGCGCGCCGCGCCUGAGGGCAGCGAGGGCCUGGCGCUGGACCCCGCCCUCCGCGGUGACGUGUGGUCGUCGGCGCCGCUGGUGGACGGUGAGACCUCAACGGGCCUGCCGCUGGACGAGGACGACGUGGCGAACCAUCUGAACCAGCUGUGGCGGGCACAUCGCGGCAGCAACUCCUCCACCUGCGUGAAGAGCCACCUGUGUAGCCAGCUGACAGGGCCCGGCGCCGCACACGUCGGCAUGGCGCUGCUGCUGUCCUCCACGGGCGGCCUGCUGGGCGUGGCGGGGUCAGGUCAGCUGCUGGACGACGUGGCGGGCAGCCUGGCGCAGGGACAAGCCUACUCCUGCCCCACGCCCUCCACACCUUGCUCCGCGCCCUUGUAACACCGCCCACCACCCUCCACAUCCUUCACGCCCCCACACACACCCUGAGCGGCAGGCCCCAUGUCUCAAAACCGCAGACAAGUGGCAGGUGGCGGGUGGCAGGUGCGAGGGUCUGUCGCUCAUGUCCCACCCUGUCCCCUCUCCCUCCCUCCCUCCCCAUGCGUGUUCCCCUGUCACAGGCAGCCGCUCACCUGGACAAUGAGUGGCUUGAGGGACUCGGAACACACCUUGCUAUUUAUUUACCUAUUUAUUAUAGUAGUAAUUUAUGAUGUGUAGUGUACCUGUCUCGGUGUUUACAUUUACACACACACACACACACACACACACACACACACACACACACACACACACACACA